AUGGCUCGAUUUUUAAUAAUUCUAUUAAAAGAAGGCACAGACACCUCUCAAGGAGUGCCGCAAAUCAUAAGCAAUAUAAAUGCUUGUCAGGCAGUUGCGGAUGCGGUUCGAACAACUCUGGGCCCUCGGGGAAUGGAUAAGCUAAUUAUCGACAGUAACAACAACGCCACUAUUUCCAAUGACGGUGCUACUAUCUUAAAGUUAUUGGAUGUUGUCCAUCCAGCUGCCAAGUCAUUGGUAGAUAUUUCGAAGUCUCAAGACGUCGAGGUUGGUGACGGAACUACCAGUGUCACCUUGCUAGCGGCGGAAUUGUUGCGACAAGUCAAGCCGUACGUCGAAGAGGGUGUCCAUCCUGCCAUCAUAAUUCGGGCUUUUCGUGAGGGCGCAAGAAUUGCCCUCGAAAAUGAACAGAGACGACUUCUCGAAAUGUGUGCAGCUACUGCGCUUAGUUCCAAGCUCGUUGCGGGUCAGAAGGAAUUCUUCUCAAAGCUAGUUGUUGAUGCCGUGAAGAGCCUUGAUACGCAUCUUCCCCUUAAAAUGAUUGGUAUAAAGAAGGUUGCCGGUGGUGCCUUGGAGGAAUCGCGGCUGGUUGAUGGUGUCGCAUUCAAGAAGACCUUUAGCUAUGCCGGCUUUGAAAUGCAGCCCAAGUCAUACAAAAAUCCUGUCAUUGCCCUUCUCAACAUUGAACUAGAGUUGAAAGCAGAGAAGGAAAAUGCCGAGAUCCGGCUAAACACAGUAGAGGAGUACGAGAAGGUGGUCCAAGCCGAGUGGAGUGUCCUCUAUGAAAAGCUGUCGAUUUUGCACAAGGCCGGGGUCAAAAUUGUCUUAUCAAAACUGCCAAUUGGCGAUGUUGCCACCCAAUUCUUCGCUGAUCGUGACAUGUUUUGCGCUGGUCGCGUUCCUGAGGAGGACCUAAAGCGAACCCAAAUGGCCUGUGGCGGAAGCAUUCAAACAACCGUCCAAGGCUUGACGGAUGACAUGCUUGGAAGGUGCGAGAGCUUUGAGGAAGUCCAAAUUGGCUCUGAAAGAUUCAACAUUUUUAAGGGCUGUACCCAAUCUAAGGCGUGCACUAUCAUCCUUCGUGGUGGUGCGGAACAAUUCAUGGAAGAAACGGAGCGUUCCCUUCACGAUGCCAUCAUGAUUGUCCGCCGUGCCAUAAAGAACGACGCCUUCGUCGCUGGUGGUGGAGCGAUUGAUAUGGAACUAAGCAAGCACCUCCGCGACCACGCGAGAAAUAUUCCCGGAAAAGACCAGCUUUUUAUAACCGCGAUGGCCCGUGCCUUCGAGAUUAUCCCUCGACAGCUUUGUGAGAAUGCAGGUUUUGACCCCACGAACAUCUUAAACAGACUUCGUCAAGCUCAUGCUAAGGGCGAAGUGUGGGCGGGAGUUGACAUCGCCUCCGAGGACAUAGCCAACAAUUUCGAUAAAUUCGUGUGGGAACCAGCUCUGGUGAAAAGCAACGCCAUCACAGCAGCGACAGAAGCCGCCUGCAUGAUCUUGAGUGUCGACGAAACCAUCAAGAAUCCCGAGGGCAUGCCGCCAAUGUCUCAGCAGAGAAUGUAA